ACAGCGGGGCCGGGACACUGACGGUGGCUUGUGUCGCCCCGGGACAGCGAGCGCUGGGAGCAUGAGGAACGCGGGGCGAUAUGUUAUCAGUAAGGGACCUGUACAGGCUGUUGGGCAUCCCCAGAGAUAACUUUGAGAAGGUGGAGGAAAAUGCCAUGGAAUGUGGUGAAGGGACGAAUGGAGAAGGGAAUCCAAUCAAUCUCUCCUCCAUUCAGGACGGUGGAAUCAAGUUGGACACACACAUGGCAGACCAGGAAAGAGCGAAAAAAAAAGCAGAAAGGCGAAGAGCCAAAAAAAAGCGUCAGAAAGAGAGAAGAAAACAGGAGAAAGGAAGAAGCGAUGAGGAGAACAAACCGGAAAAAGAAGACAGUGAUAGUAAUGAGGAGAUUGAAACAACUGUUAAAAUACAGAACAUUCCAGAAGGAGGAAAAGAGACCUCCGAACGUCUGAACGUCUUUGAUAAUUCUUGCAGUAUACCAGGCCCAGUGAUGAUAGACGAGGAGGGUGGAAAGUGAGAACUCAUUUUGAGGACUUUUAAUUGUACUGAUGUGGAAGCAAUUUUUAAUCUUCAUUUAUGCAGUGUUUAUGAUGAGGUCAGAUUCACUGUCCAGAGCUCUCAGAAACGCACCAGGGCUUAAUGGGAAAUGUUUGUGGAGGCUGGCUGCUUUUAAAACAAAAAGGUUUCAGGACGCCAUAGCAGUUGCAAUGGGCCGAAGGACCUCUCCUGUACUGUACGGUUCUAUGGGUGACGAUGCAGACUCGUAAGCUGCCAUCACUCAUUAUAAUCAUCACUUAUCGAAGCCUAUAAUUAAAAGAGAAAGUGUUGAAAAACGCUCAGCUCAGCAGCUGAGAGAGAGAGACACACAGAGGGGAAGAGGUGAAUGCAGGGUCAAUGUUUCAUGUCAAUGACCUUUCAUCAAAAUUUUCUCAAAAUAAUAAAGCUUUGGGAAUUUCCUUGCUUAAA